AUGGAAACAGACGGUUUGAAUGGAGAGGAAAUACAAGGGCUCAAAUCCAAAAUCAAACUCCAAGGCGAAAAGGUUCGGGCUUUAAAAUCACUAAACACUGACCAAGACACUGUGGAUGCUGAAAUCGCCGCCCUUCUAGAUUUAAAAAAACAAUUAGCUUCUUUAACCGGUGAAGAUGGAGCUGCAAAGAGUAAAACCAAAUUCACUCUGAAAACCGCAAAGGGUACUCGAGAUUACAACGAAAAAGAGAUGGCAAUUCGUGAAAAAAUCUUUUCUACAAUUGUUUCUGUCUUUAAAAAACACGGUGCUGUCACUAUUGAUACACCUGUUUUUGAAUUGAAAGAAAUUUUAUCUGGAAAAUACGGUGAAGAUAGUAAAUUAAUCUACGAUCUCGAUGAUCAAGGCGGUGAAAAAUGUUCUUUACGAUACGAUUUAACUGUCCCUUUUGCUCGAUUCUUGGCUAUGAAUGGUUCUCAAUAUCAAAAUAUCAAAAGAUAUCAAAUUGCAAAAGUUUAUAGAAGAGAUCAACCUGCCAUGACUAAAGGUCGAAUGCGUGAAUUCUAUCAAUGUGAUUUUGAUAUAGCUGGUGUUUUUGAUCCAAUGAUUGCUGAUUCAGAAGUUGUGAAAAUCAUGUGCGAAUGUUUAACAGCCCUUGAUGUUGGUGAUUACAUUGUUAAGAUAAAUCACCGUAAAAUAUUAGACGGAAUUUUCCAAAUUUGUGGUGUUCCAGACUCAAGUAUUAGACCCAUAUCUUCCGCUGUGGAUAAACUAGAUAAGUUGCCAUGGGAGGAUGUCAGAAAAGAAAUGACAGAAGAGAAAGGUUUAGAUCCUAGCAUUGCUGAUCGCAUAGGAGAAUACGUUAAAUUAAAAGACCAAUCAUUACUUUCCAAUAAUAAUGCUAAAGCCGGUUUAAAUGACAUGGCCCUCCUUUUUAAAUAUUUGGAAAUAUUUGGAGUAUUAGAUAAGAUAUCUUUCGACCUUAGUCUUGCCAGAGGACUAGAUUACUAUACCGGUAUUAUUUAUGAAGCCGUAACUGAUCAAUCUGGACCACCUAAAAGCAAAGAUGGAAACCAAAUUGUUCGAAAGGCCAAAAAAGAUUCCGAUGAACUUGAUGAAACAACAGUUGGUGUGGGCUCCAUUGCUGCCGGUGGUCGUUACGAUAAUCUUGUGGGUAUGUUUGCCAGUAAUAAAAAGGGUAACAUACCAUGUGUUGGUGUCUCUAUAGGUGUAGAAAGAGUAUUUUCUAUUUUGCUGCAAAAAGUUACACUCGAACAAGUAAAGGCAAACGAAGUAGAAGUUUAUGUAAUGGCUGUUGCUGAUGGUUUAUUGGAAGAUAGAAUGAAGAUAUGUUCAGAGUUAUGGGAUGCUGGAAUUAAGGCCGAAUUUAUGUACAAGAACAAACCAAAAUUACAACCUCAAUUUUCAGUAUGUGAUCGUGAUCAAAUUCCUUUUGCUGUUAUUAUUGGUCGUGAUGAAUUAAACCGAGGUGAAGUCAGAAUUAAAGAUAUGAGGUCUAAAGAACAAGGUGAAGGUGGCGGUGCUUCCAUAAAACGUAGUGAUAUG